AUGAAAGCGAAUCAAACCAGAUGUGUUACCCGCAUUCGUAACGGUAUUGAACGGGGCUUUGGAAGAUUAAAGCAAUGGAAAUUUGUUGAUUUUGUUGUUGAUACUAACUAUUUACCGACCAUUGCUAAAAUCAUGAAAAUAUUAUGUGCAGUUGACAACGCAUUUUUUACGCAGUUAAUAGAAGACAAUGAUGAAGUUCGUAUUGAAGCAGAAUGUUUAUUAAGUAAUUUAGAAUUAGAAAACAAAGUCAGGUCAUUAGAAGCCGAAACCGGUGGAUGGAGGAAGGCUAAUAUUGAUGAUAUUAAAAAUAUUAUCCCAACAUAUGACCAAAUAGAUAUUGAAAAGCAUAGUGGUGAAUAUUCUAUUCGACUAGCACACGUUUAUUUAGAUCAUAUUGAACAAGAAUGGGCAGUUUAUACACAUCAACAAUUCAGAUUAAAAAUAUCGUAUCGAGGUAUAAGACCACAGACAAUCCAAAAAAGCAUACCGUUUUUGUCCGUUCUGGUAAAAGGAAGCUUGCUGAUAUGGCUUCGUAUUGUACGUGUAAAACUGGCUUACGUACAGCUAGUGGAGAAUGUGCUCACGUAA